CACUCCUAGCGUCAAUUUUAGUGGGAAAAUGGAGUGUCAAAGUGAUUCAAACAAACUACCUCCCGGUUGGGAUGAAAAAUAUGACCCAAAUUCCGGACUUUACUUCUACAUCAACUACAUCACUAAAACCACAACUUUUGACGAUCCCCGGAUAAAGCACCGGCAAUCUGUGUCUACGGGCACCGGUACUACUAACUACGGAAAUUCCACGGAAUCAAUACCAAUGCAGCCAUUGCAUGGAUCUCCCUACCAUGUUUACCCUGCAAACAAUUACCCCGCAGUGCAGCCUGCAUUUCAGGGGCCCGCAUCUGGAGUGCCCAGUCACUCCGCGAGUCCCUUACUAGCUGCCAAGCUACAACAAAUGGAGAUGUCUCCGGUCACUCGUCCUCCAACACCCAGGACAAAUGCCCAUUUCAGUCGCAACAACAUCCAGGAGACAUCUUUCAGCAAUUCAGCUGCAGAGACGGAGGCAGCUGUCGCUAAAAUCAACACUAUGUUCCCCACCGUCAGUGACACCCACAUCCGUCUCCUACUGAAGAAGUAUUACAAUCGCGAGGCAGUUGUGAUAAGUGCUCUACAGGUGGAAAAGCAUCCAAUCACAACUCCCGGACCCUAUUCUACGCCUCCGCCCACCAAUCGUCACUUCCACAAUACAGCUCUUGGAUGUGCAGCCAUCUUUCAGAUGACACCACCACUUAACAGGGAUUUUUCGAGGACUGGAAGUCCAAUUUUGAGACCAGGCAGCUGUACCAGUGGCAGCUAUGGAUCUCCGAGAUUCGGAGAGAAUUUCCGAAGUUCACCAAAGCCCCAUUCUUCGCCAAAGAUGAAGCUUAGAUACCUGAAGAGUAUUUAUCCGAAAGCCGAAGAGACGCUUCUGCUGGACAUCCUUGCGAAUGCUGACAACAAUGUACAGAAGGCGUCAGAGGAAUUGACCCAAAUGGGGUAUGAGAAGAAGGAUACAACCAUCCCCAAAGUGUCAAUGCGCAAGAAGGAUGAGGCAAAGAAUGAGAUCAAGAAUAGAAUUGAUCGAGCAACACCUCCACAACUUCCACCAAAGAUCAAGACCAUGGAGGAGAAGAGUAAAUUAAAAUUGCGCCUUCAGUCGCAGUACAAGGACAUUCCGGAGAAGAUAAUUUCAAUGGCUCUGGAGAGUGUUGAUUAUUCCGAGGACAGGGCACUGGCAAUUCUCAAUAUUGUCGUGCAGGAAGAUGACAAAAAUGCCAAAGUUGAGAGUGCCGCCGCGACAAAAGUUGAGAAGAAAGUUACCGAAGUACAAGCAUCAUCUUCAGCUCCAAGCCGAAGCAGCAGCACUUCUUCGUCGGCCAAGAAAAACGGCGAGAUAAGCAAUAAAAUAAAUGUUGCACAAGAGCAAGAGUGUGAGAGUGUUGUUGAUGCACCAACGGCACCAUCAUCCUCAUCAACAUCGCCAUCCACCAAGGAGGUAUCCAGUGACGAUGUGCUGGUAGCCGAGGAUUCCGGUGCUGGUGUGGAUGUCAUGAAGAAGCGCCAGGCGAGGCCCAAGGCCAAGAAUGACCAUACAAAAGCUGUUGAGACUCAAGAGGAACCUGAAGUGUCCAAAAAAUCCGAUUUCAAGUCACUAACUUCACGUACAGCAACAGCAGGUCCUAAUUCUUCAUUGUCCAAAGGACCCAAUGAUGAACUUCUGCUAGUGGACUAUGUGACCUGGAAUGGGGCUAAUCCAGACUUGGCUACAGGCAGGAAGCAGGCUGCAUUGGGUAGUGACCCGAAAAAUCGUUCUGAGCGAUCGUAUGUGCCAAAGGGAGCCAAUGUGGAACUGUGCAAAGGUCCUCGACCUGGUUUAGCCAAAGGAAGCAUCUAUUCACAGUUAACCAAGGGGCUUCCCGCUGGAGGAGCCUCUGUGAUCUGCAAUUGAAACACUAUCUAGUCAGUCCCUUAAGCACGUGGUGCAUGCAACACUCCAUUCCUUUUUGAUCAACUUUUGAAGAUGAAAAGAAAAAAACACCAAUCCCGAGCCAUAUAUUUCAGUGGACCGUCCGCCAAAAAGAAAAGAUGAUUGUGAAAGGCACAGCCCCUCCUUUUCUGGAGGAUUUUUUGUGUGGUUUGUGGAAGGGGGGGGAGCAAGAUAUUUGAAUGUCUGUUUGUUUUAGCGUCUCUUGGUGUGUCUCUAUGUCCAUUCUAGUGAAUUUUUAUUCAUUUACUUUCCCAAAGAAAAUUCUCCACUCGUUUUCGUAGCAACAAUUUCUUAUAAUUAACUGAACCCAGAAAAAUGCAUGCCAUAUUUUAGAAAAAAAAAGAGAAAAUAUUUUAAUCUCUUUGACGAGUGUUGAAAGUACCUUCAAUUUAAAAAAAAUGUCUCUGUGUAUAAAAUGAUGUUAAUAAAUCUGUAGAGGAAUUCUCUUGGAAUCAU